AUGGGGGUGCCGCCAUUGCUGUCGCUGCUGGUGCUGAUGGCGGCUGUUGCGGGUGACGUCAUCACUCGGUACGACGAGAAUACCGGCCCCACUGUACUCUCCAUCGAAAGAGGUGGAGACGUCGGCUCGGUCGUUGUAUUUGGAUACGAGGGUGUUCCUAGUCCAUGCGAUGGUGCUGGGUCCAGUGAUUGUUUCGAGUUCCAGGAGUCGAGGGUUGUCGUCGAGCAUUCGGCAAGGGCGGGAGAGUGUGUCACGACUUACAUGUCGUUCAACGUCUCAUCAAUAUACUUUGUACAGACGUGCACUCCUUUCAGCGGUAGCCACCUCUACGGCGGCCCGGAGCAGUUCUACCAGUACUGGCCCACAGAGUCGGUCGUGUACAGAAACUACGCGUACGUCACCAAGCAGGAGGACAACGUGGGCGUAGCCGAGCGCUACUGGCUCUUCUCCGACGGCAGGUACAUGCACGCGGCGCCGGAAAUGCAGCUGUUCGUGAACCAGAACGAGAACGACUCGGUGGGCUGCCUGGGCGUGGCCGCUCAGCUGGAGCCCCCGUACCCCCUGGAGGGAGACAUCAUCGUACUCAACGAGACGACGUGCGUGUUCGGGGACGCGAGGGAGGCGCACGAGGACGCCGUCGAGAGGUUCCUGGGCAAGCCCUCCGGAGUGCCGGAUGAGCGCAUGGUCACGCACCCCAUCUGGUCGACGUGGGCGCGCUACAAGCGGGACAUCGACGACUCGACGGUGAGGCAGCUGGCCGCGGAAGUGGUCGCCAACGGCUUCAACAACAGCCAGAUCGAGAUAGACGACUCGUGGGAGAGCUGCUACGGCAGUCUGACGUUCGACGCGACCAGGUUCCCCAGCGUGAGCAACCUCACGCGGGAUCUCCACGACCUGGGCUUCCGCGUCACCCUGUGGGUGCACCCGUUCGUGAACAUCGACUGCGAGCCGUUCUAUUCCGAGGCCCUCGCCAGUGGGUACUUCGUCACCAAUACGAACGGCAGUGCCAAUACCUCCUGGUGGAACGGCGAAGCCGGCGUCGUCGACUUCACGAACCCUGAUGCGGCAGCCUGGUGGACCGACAGGCUGUGGACACUGCGAAACGAGACUGGUAUCGACUCGUUUAAGUUCGAUGCAGGAGAGACCAGCUGGCUGCCACAGUUGCCCGACAUAGAGCCCGUAGAACUGAGUCCGAUGCAGUUCACUGAGGACUACGUGAGGACUGUCUCGCAAUUCGGCUCUAUGAUAGAAGUGCGCGUAGCCGCGCGAACCCAGGACUUGCCGGUGUUUGUGCGCAUGCUCGACAAGGACUCCAGGUGGGGCUUCGACAACGGACUGUCGACACUCGUGACGACUUUGCUGCAGAUGAACAUGGUGGGCUAUCCCUUCGUGCUGCCAGACAUGGUGGGCGGCAAUGGCUACGGCAGCGACACGCCCACCAAGGAGCUCUUCAUACGCUGGCUGCAGGCCACCGUCUUCAUGCCGGCCAUACAGUUCUCCUACACGCCGUGGGACUUCGACGACGAGACGGUGGAGCUGAGCCGUAAUCUGACGGCGCUUCACGCAGCCUACGCACCGCGCAUCCUGGAGCUGAUGGGCAGAGCCGUGGAGGACGGCAGCCCCGUCAACCCACCCAUCUGGUGGAUCAACGCGACGGACGCCACUACGCAGGUCAUCAACUCAGAGUUCCUGCUGGGCGAGGACCUGCUGGUGGCGCCGGUGCUGGAGGAGGGCGCCGUGACGCGCGACAUCUACCUGCCCUCCGGCCGCUGGAGGGACGAGGCGGACCCGGACCACCCGGUGCUGGAGGGGCCCGCGUGGGUCGCCAACUACUCCGCGCCACUCAGCGUGCUGCCCUACUUCACGAGGCUCGCCGACGACUGA